AAUCCAAACAGAAUCAUUCUACCAUUUAUAUAUUUUGGCUCCAGAGAAGAAUAGUUUCUGAGGGAGAGAGAUCUCUAGGAUUUUCACAAAAUCCUUGGAGUCAAUCUCCUUCUCCAUCACAAAUCCUUUAUCUCUGUGCGGUUAUUAGCAUACAAGUUUUGCUGCUACGACUCAAGUCCUUUCUUCUUCUAAUUAUUGCUUACAAACAAGGCAAACAUGCAGAUAUACAUGACCUAACUUGUACAACAAGGCACAAAUCUUAAAUUAUUUGACUUUUCGUGAUAUAUACAUAACUAUAAACGUUCCAAAAUGGUGAGGGUUGGUGAAGCAUUGAGUGUAUCAACCUCAUCAUCUUCAUCUCUCAACGAAAGCGAGUCUGAAGAGCUUCAAAAGAUGUCACUAGAACCACCGAGAGCUAAGCCAAAGAAACGUCUCUCGAAGCAACUCUCGAUGCUGGAGACCAAAAGAGACAAGGCAUGGGAGCGUCGCCGUCGCCAGAUGCUCCAUCACCUCGAGAUGAAGCAAAUAAACGAAGGUGGAGAUAUUAAUGACUUAACGGACGAGGACUUGAGCGAGCUCAAAGGUUCUAUCGAGUUAGGGUUUGGGUUCAACGAGGAGCAAGGACAACAGCUUACAACUACCUUGCCUGCUUUGGACCUUUACUUCGCUGUGAACCGUCAGAUCUCUCCGGUUUCAACACCAAGCAGCGGUGGAUCUUCAUCCUCUCGGCUUACUUCCCUUGGAGAACGGUCCUCCUCUUUUGGUAGUCAUAUGAGCGACUCAGAUGGAUUGAGAGUUAUGUCUCCAG